GGAUCAUGCUCCUCUCUUCCAACUCGAGCUCGCGGCUCUCUUGGGUGAGCGCGCACGAGUGGCAGCACCACGAGACCAAGCAAUCGCCACAGGUUCCACCCUCGAUCCUAUACCUGCUCCUCGUCUUUUCGCGGUUUCCGAUUUGGAGGAUCCAUCCGGCACCCAAGCAGGCGGUCAAGAGACAGUGGAGCAUGCAGUCGCUACCACAGGAUUCACCGCCGUCGGGGUGGGGGUAUCCUUGGGUUUCCAUGUGUUGAAGACGGGUCUUGUUCUGGCUGAACACGAUGCAUGGGCACCAAGCGGCGACGAUGCCUACGAGACAAAAAGAGGUGAGGCAGUCACCAAAGCAGCUGCAGAGACCGUUACUCCAUUCACGUUCGCCCUUGCUGUCGAAUGGAAUGUUUUUGACGUUGCGGUUACCACCACCGCUCAUGGUCAUGCCUGGGGUCGCGGUGGGUUGCUGGUAGACACCAGGAGUGCCACCGGGGGUGCUGUACUGCUGCUACAAAUCACAAAGACGCAGAGUCAGCCCAGAGUGUCCAUAAGAUUCCUCCUCGCGCUAGGCCAUGCGGGAGUCGCUCGCCGACACGCCAAGCCCGAAAGGCCAGUAAAGUAUAGAGAGAUAGGGGGGAGAGGCCAAAGAGUGGGAGGGGGGAACUUUUUAGCUGGAGAGACAACGAGGGUCGAGCGGAGUGCUUUAUAUGUCUGCCCGAGGGCCCAACGAACAAGAUUAGCGCUGACCUCGGCGGGAGCAAGGGCUAGGCGAUACGACGGCACUGCUUAUCGACGAAUUUGUCUCAGAGUUGCCACUCACGGCUCGCCGGUGAGCGUGUGA